CUUCUACCCCAUCAUAUUGGAUCCUGUGCUUAUCCCAGUCCCAAGUCCAGUCCGAUCUCGUUGUUCAUGGUUGUUUGUUUCUGUUUCUGGUUUGUCUGAGCCUGCCUGCCUGCAUCAGCGUCUGGUCUAUGCUGCAGUCGGUCGGCGCAACCGACAGGUGCCAGUUGUGAGGCCCCUUCUGUCGCUGUUUAUUACAAGCACCAUAUCAUCCAUAGCAUAGUCCCUCUAUUCCCACGAUACCUUGCCUUGCCUUGCCUACCUACCUACUCCUCCCCCACCUCCAAAUACUCCCCUCAACUCCCUCCUCCCACAUCUUCUCUCUUCUCUCCUCUUCUCCUGAGCAGCAAUAGACAUACUCCUCCCUCGUCCUCCGUAUCUCUCUGUCUUGCAUUGCUUUGACCAAAACUCGACGUGCGACUCCAACUCGUGAUACGAUCCUGGUCCUUCAUACGCUAGAACUUUUUGGAACGCGCCAUCCAUCAUCUCAGGUUCCAACCUCGCGCCCUGUCAUUCCUUACUUGCUCCAAUCUUCGCUGGCAGGUCUGGCACCCGUUCUCGAAUCCUCGUACAACCACGUAUUCAUUGCGACUUGCUCUUCCGCCUGCAUUUGUCGAGUCAUAUACCUUUGUUUACAAGCCAGUGAGCGGCGCCUCACGACAGCUAUAAUAGCUGCUCAUCUGCGACAUAGAGUUCCCUGAGCUCAGAAUGGUUUCUAUGCAACGAUCUUUGUCUUCACCUGUCCGCAUUCAUUCUGCUCCUACUGUGUCCGCUGUAGCGCAAGAUUCGGGGUCGCCCCCGCCAUCUGUCGAUAUUCAUGUACAACCAUCUCGAUCUCGACGACGACGCUCUCCGAGCCCUAGCCCAACCCGUGAAUCGAAGCAGACAUCACAACGACAGACCGAAGACAGAGACCAUCGGGGUCAUGGUCAACAACAUUCACCAGUCAUGUCGUCAAGAAAGCCCAUUGUGGCACAGCCGAAUAUGCCAGGCCAGCCUUCACCAAGAAAUAGCCCCCGGGUCUCGUCUCUAAAGCCCAGCGACAACGACAGUGAGGGGCAUUCUCCAUUUAAGCCAUUAUUACAAGAUGUUUCGCAAUACACAAAUCCACAUCUUUCCCCCGAAUCCGAAAGUACAACACUCGAGGAGCUGGCUCAUUUAGUACGACUAUCCAAAUACCAGGAGCGAAAGCGCGCAAACACCCGUCUGCGUCUCCAGAGGAAUUUGGUUUCUACCGCUCUCAGUGCCCGUUUAACCCGUUGCGGAGAAAUAGCUCAUCGUAAUUUGGUCGACAGUUUCCGUCGUGACGACAAGGAGAACUUUGCCGCUCUCCACAGCGCCAUCCAUGAUGUACGCAACAGCUGCGAUGAACUUCGUCGUUAUGCUCUUCUCGAUCCUGAGAUGGAAGGUCUCGCCUCAGCCGGUCUCGCAUCUUCUGAAAGUUUGGAUACCCCUACUAACUCGGCAGCUCUUGGUCCUCUCCAAUCCAUUACACCAUUUUUGAACGACAUUUCUGCCUCUGCUCGCGAUACGUUUUUGGAUUUUCUCACACAGCUCCGUACAAACCCGGAUUAUUUGGCUACUCGUAUAUGUUCCCUGUCAAGUUCCGAGUUGAACUCAUUCUUGUCUUAUCAUAAAGGUUUGGAGCCCGUGGAAUCCGUCCUUCCUUUCCAUGGGCGUUCCGGAGGUAGAGCUCACGCAAGCGCGUCCGGACGAAACAGCACUGCUGUGGAUAUAGAACGAUUGCUGUCUUUCCAACGACACGACCCCUUGUCCAUCCUCAUCCACACCUGUUUUGCCAACUCUGCUGGGCCUGACAGCUCUGAGGAUCAACGACGUACAGAAAUCUGGGCUACUGCUUUGGCACGACUGAUCUCUGAACCCAAAUCCACUGGGGAGCAUUUCUUGAUUUCAGUUCUCAAUAUUUGGACGGCAAUGCGUGACUGGUCUGGCAAAUCCAAUAUGGAAUGGUAUCUGAUGAAGAUCCUCGAGGAUGGAGCCUUUUUGCUCGACCGAGCAGAAGACCAGCAUGGGACACGAUUCAACUUAUCCGACUGGAACCAUUCAGAUGAAGUUGCAGCCAAGGAGUUCUACGAGCGCGCAGUAAACCAACUAUUUGAGCUUGUCGACGAUGAAGAUGCUACUGGAAUCCCUGAAGGACUUUUGGAACUUGGAAAUGCCAUUUUGAGAAAGCUCGAAAACAAGUAUGUCGAAAACACCUCCCGUUGGUUAGUUUGGAGAUGCCUCUUCUUCGUUUUCCUUUUGGGCGUCAUUAUCCAUCCAGAGUCGUACGGAAUGCUGGCCGAGUAUCACAUCACGCCUUAUGCGCGCGAAAAAAUCCUUAAAAAGGUAGCCAUGAAGGCUCAUGAGUAUGUUUCCAGCAUGUGGAGUGGUAAGCCUUCGGCAACAUGUGUUCCUGUGGACAUCCCACCGAAAAUCAAGGGCCAUGUGGAAAGUAUUCUCGCUCGUUUCCAAGGAUCACGAUCCAAGGUUCCGGCUGCCAAACUCCUUCCAGCGAGGUCCAUCACGUCCUUGCGAGAAACCAAGGAGGUCCAUCCUUAUCUGGUAAUUAGCCCUGCUGAUAUCGCGACCUUGGUGAAUGCCAUAUUCCCCGAAAGAAGACCCCACUCGGCUUCAGGAAGCUUUAGAUCAGGACCGGCCUCUAUUUCCGGGAUGUCUGCUAUCUCGCAGCCCAUCUCCAUGUCAAACCCAAGGAACAACUUUGAGACUGCCUCCAUCAUCAGCACCAGCGCUUCUUCGGUAUUUAGUGACACUACCACAAGAGACGGGUAUCUAGACGAACAGACAUCUGUGACACCUCAGCGAUACUCUCCACCAGCAAUGGACUCGGAGAUGCAGAGACGUCUGAACAAAUAUGAGGAUGACGGCUACCGGCUGCGCCUGGCACUCCACGAGAUGACGCAGAAUCUUGGUUCUGACAUUGUCCGUGGAUCAUGCCACCCUUGCGCUGAGCGAUGGCUUGUGCUCUUCAUCUCCGCUGAUGGAAAGAGUCUUUCUACAAACAUGACAUUCGACCCUGAUGAUGAACUGGAUGACGAUGAAAACUCAUCCAGCACUGACACGGACGAGGAAGAUGCUCCAGAUGGACCCGAACUCGGCAAGGACUACCAUCAGCUUCGAGACUCCAUCCUCAAGCUUGUCGAGGACUAUGAGAUCCCUCGAAGCCUCGAGCCUGAAAACAAGACACAAUUGAGUAACCGUGCUUCUGGCUUGAAGCGAUACAAGUCAAAGACUAGAAUUAUCACCACAGAGCGGUCAAUGGCCAGCCGCAACCCGUACAGGAAACAGCUUGGCAAAGAGACGAACGAUAAACGAGAGGCCUCUAUCCCUGAGGUCGAGACUAAGGACGACAAGCCAGAAGCCGUUCUCAUUACAAUGCUCAAGGCGGCUUCGUCACAAUCCAAGGCUCUUGCCGACUUUGUCUCGUCUCACCAGUAUUGGAAGACACUCAAUCAGCUCAAUGCCCUCGCGUCCCCUUCGCUUCGAGAGAAUGGGUUCGCAGUCCUCAUCAACAUCUUCUCUCGUGGCCCCAGAGACUCUAUCCGUCGAUCUGCUUCCGCCAUUGAAGAGUAUGACGCUUGGCUCGUCUGGCUGAAGCAGAGUCAAGAACGCCACGAGGGUAUCAUCGAUCGCAUGAUGAAGCGGGUACGAGCUGUGCGUGACAAGAUGUGGUACGUGACAGAUGUGCGCAACUCAAAAGAGUAUGCCCACAGUCGCGAUAUUUGUCAAGCCCUGAAGACCAUGGGCAUGCCUCGUCGCUGGAACUCUUUCCAACGAUCUCGUGCCCAUAUGGCCAGAGGUCCAAGUGCAUCCUAUCUGUAUCGCACCGAAUCACAGAUCAUGGAUCUGCUUGCUGCGUCAGAGGAACAAGGAGGACCAAACAAACUGAGCGAUGAUCCUGCCGAGGCGACUGCAGCUUGGCUUCAGAACCGUGGCAUCGAGAACUUCUGUAGGGGUGAAGAACGUAUUCACCGCUUCUGCUACGAGGUUGACAAGUGCAUAUCAAGACUGGUCGGUGAGACUAUUCGAGAGGCGCCUGUCUUGUGGUCCAGUGAGCUGUACAAGCGUGACAAGCUUGGAUAUGAUCGCGCAAGGGCCAGAGAAAAGGAACUUUCCUGGAAUGGAGAUGAUUCUGGAAGCAUCAUCAGCGAACAAGAUCGCAAGUUCAGUCCGACUUCCAGCAGGCCCAACUCCCUUGCGCGAGACCUCAGGUCGCUGUCAAUUCACAGCCCCAGCCAGCAGUCACUUGACUCAGUUCGACAGAGCAUGCCUCGGGCAAGCUCGGCGCUCUCAGAUAUUCUCGAUGGGCAAGAGUACUUUGACCGUGCUUCGCCUGCACACACAAAUGACUCGGCAAGCACCUUCUGGUCACCGUUCCAGCCGAUCAUGUCUCCCAGUUCAGGAGCUUCUCGGGGGUAUUCUCCUACCACAAGUCUGACCAACCUCUCGACCACAUUCUCUCAUCCAGCUCAUCACGGCACUGCUCCAUCUACUUCAAGCUUCUCUACAGGACGUCCCGGAACGUCGGCAUCAUCUCAAGAGACAGUUUUCCAGCAGCAGAAAGUUGAUGAUGAGAAGACACGCUUCUUGAACGAACUGAGACAAUCCCUCACCAGCCUUUUACUUUCCGACCUCGGCAACCAAGUUUUCUCACGGGGCUCUGAGACUGAUGGUUGGUUCGAUCAGUUGGGACAGCAGUGCAUUGAUCGUAAAGACGCUUUGGAUCGUCGAGCUCGACGUCGAUCCGAGAUCAAGGAGAAGCGAAGUUCGGGGCGACCACGAGUUAUUGAGAAGAAGAAGAGUUUUGGCAAUCUACGGGGCGCUGGUGAUGAUCGUGCUUCAGAAACCUCGGAAUCUCUCCCUCUGGGCUCUACUGAGGAAUCAAGCACCAGCGCCUCCACACCACGCCUGUCGGUGGCGAAGGAAGACAAAGAGAAGACAGAGUUCCCUUUCAAAAAGGCAUAUCAGCGACUGCUGAACAUGUUUUGCGUACACCCCAACCCUUAUGCGAAGCUCAAUGCUCUGCAUGAACUUGAGAACCUUAUUGUAGCUGCGCUGCAAUCAAGCGGACAGAAGAGGCCACGAUGGAAUCGAUCUGAUGCUGGGUCAAGCGUGGUAACGGAGCACAACACCAAUGCCCGUCCUACACCACUGGAAGGGACAAUCGACAAUGUCAGAGAACGCCGAUCGCAAGCGCAACAAUCUCAACUUCAAACGCCCUUCUUCGGUCCUCGACAGGCCAAUUCUGAGACAAGGUCAAUUAUGUCGGGAGGAAACGUCAACACCGACAUCAUCACCAAAGAGCUGCAGGCUCUCUUCCGAGAAGCAUCAAUCCGACCAAAGACACUAUUCCGCGACCUGCAGUUCAUCGCAUCUUUCGUCCCACCUUCGGUGCUGGACAAGCAGGAACGUGGCAAAGCAUUCUGGAAUACUGCACUGGCAGCUCUCAAGCUCAAGUCAGAAGUGUGUCGAACAAUGGUUGAGAUGGCAGAUGAAGUAGUUGCAGCACACACGCAUGUGCGCAAGCCAAACGACAGCACGAUACCAGACGUGCCACAGUCUACAACAGGCACACCGCCACCGCCAUCCACAACAUACAAAUUGGAUGACGCGGGUAAGAUGUGGACAAUCACGGCCAAGGAAGGAUUCCCAACAGCACAGCGCGAGCUUGCGUUGUUCUACCUUUCGAACCCGGAAUACGUUGAGCGGACAACGCUCCCUCUUUCAAAGCCUCGCGAGGUGUUUAAGCAGACAGUCAUGGACAAAUAUGGACGUCUGGGCAACGGAGGAGGCCGCACCGGGUUUUCAAGCGGAGGCGAAGGCAAGGAGAGCGAUGUGAGAAGUGACCCAGGACUGAUGUGUGUCGCGGUUCACUGGAUGGAAGCGGCUGAGCAUGGAGGCGACGAGCUGGCGACGAGCUUCCUGCGACAGAAUGAGUUUAUGGGUGGUCGCUGAGUUGCUUGCUGGUGCUGGUGCUGGUGCUGAAUAUUAUACCCCCCGUGUUUUUAUGUUUGGCGCUUGGGCGUCUAUAAGAUUUAUAUGGAUGCUUUAUAGAGGGCGAGAUGACUUUUUUUUAUUUAUUUUUUAGAUGCAUUUUCAUGAUUAGAUGUUUAUGGAUAUAUGCAUUGACGCAGGGUUUUUUGUUACAUGAGAUACCAUGUGUGGGCAUGUAUGGUGUUAAUACUGGUAGAAAGCCAGUUCUUUUACAUAAAAUGCUAUUACUAUUGGAUUGCUUCCCCUU